UCGCUCUCGCGAGAGAGCUUUGCUUCCCUCCUCCUCCUCCUCCUUCGAAACUUCCUCGCUCGACACCGCCGGUCGGGCCGUGAGCGGCGGCGGCGGCGGGGAGGCGGCGGCGGCGGGGGAUGCGGCGGCGGGCUGUGGACUUCCGGCGGCCCGCGCGGCGGGGGCUCUCGCGCUGGAUCUGGACGCUCCUGGGGGCCUUCUUCGUGGCGGGGUUGGUCUUGUUCGCGCUCCAGCAUAACCACGGCGGCGAUGAGAUGAGGAAGCCAGCGACGGAUAAAAGUGCGAGCUUAUUAAAGGAGAGCCAUAGGAAUUCGAAUUUUACGGAGCAAAUGGUCAGCGCCAUGUCAUAUUCUAGGCAGUUAGCUGAGCAAAUGAUCCUUGCAAAGGCUUAUCUUAUUGUAGCGAAAGAACACAACAACCUUCACCUGGCAUGGCAACUGAGCUCAAAGAUAAGACGUUGCCAGUUAGCACUCUCAAAGGCUGCAAUGAGAGGAGAGCCCAUCAAAUUAGAAGAAGCAGAGCCAUUAAUUAAAAGCCUAUCAUCUCUGAUCUUCAACGCACAGGACAUGCACUAUGAUAUUGCAACCACCAUGAUGACCAUGAGAUCCCAUAUCGAAGCCCUGGAAGAGCGCGCUAAUGCAGCUUUAGUUCAGAGCGCUGUGUUUGGACAAUUGGCAGCUGAAGCAUUGCCGAAAAGCCUCCAUUGCCUAAGUGUCAAAUUAUCUCUGGAUUGGCUUAAGAAACUUCCUCUGCAAAAACUUGCUGAUAACACAAGAAAAUAUCCUCAACUUGUUGACAACAAUCUUCAUCAUUUCUGCAUAUUCUCAGACAAUGUUCUAGCUACCUCCGUAGUUGUCAACUCUACUGUCUCCAAUGCCAAUCAUCCAAAGCAGAUCGUUUUCCACAUUCUCACAAAUGGUGUAAAUUAUGGAGCGAUGCAAGCAUGGUUCCUUAGUAACGACUUCAAAGGUUCCACCAUUAUAGUGCAAAAUAUCAAGGAGUUCUCUUGGCUGACUUCUACAUAUGCUCCUAUACUGAGACAGCUUUCUGAUGCAGAUUCUCAGGCCUACUAUUUCGGUAAUCCUCAAGAUACAAAAGAUGAGCCAAAACUGCGGAACCCAAAGUACAUUUCACUUCUUAACCACCUUAGAUUCUAUAUUCCAGAAAUCUAUCCUCAGCUGGAAAAGGUAGUUUUUCUUGAUGAUGAUGUUGUGGUCCAGAAGGAUCUGAUGUCGCUCUUCUCAAUAGAUCUGCACGGCAACGUAAACGGAGCUGUCGAGACUUGUCUAGAAGCCUUCCAUCGCUACUACAAGUAUCUCAAUUUCUCCAAUCCGGACAUCAGUUCGAAAUUUGAUCCUCAGGCAUGUGCAUGGGCAUUCGGCAUGAAUGUCUUUGACUUGGUUGCUUGGAGGAGAGCAAAUGUGACUGCAAGGUAUCAUUACUGGCAAGAGCAGAACUCAGAAAGGACCCUGUGGAAGCUAGGUACUCUGCCUCCUGGCCUUCUAGCUUUCUAUGGACUGACAGAGCCGCUCGAUCGGAGAUGGCAUGUGUUAGGAUUAGGCUAUGAUAUGAACCUAGAUGACCGUCUGAUCGAGAGUGCAGCAGUUGUUCACUUCAAUGGUAACAUGAAGCCGUGGCUGAAGUUGGCCAUUGGCAGGUAUAAACCUCUCUGGGACAGGUAUUUAAAUCGGCAUCAUCCAUACAUCCGAGACUGUGCCGUGAGUUGACAUGCGAGCCAUCUCUCAGAUUAGGUUAACUUCUGAGACAUUUUUUUUUGUCGCUCCAGAACAGCAACAUCGCCGAUACAAUGCAGAGGUAGAGAAGUAGAACAGCUACUUUUGUAGGACAUUUUUUAUUCUCCCUUUCCAGUGUAACAUCUUUAACAAUUUGAUUCUUACACAUUGGAUGGUCAGAGAAAGUGUAUUUAUCAUACAAUGAAGAGGCAUGGGAUAGUUCAA